UUGAAAGUCUGGUCUUCGGCCAUCAAAGAAGUCCGCAAGACGAAGACGGCAACGCGCUGGACGAAAACAGGUAGUUAAAGAAUGCGAUCUUGUUCUCGUCCCAAACUGAGAUUCUAACCUCGCGACUCUCUUGUAUUCCAUAACAUAACAUUGACUACUCUUUAAAAUUGUGUAACAAUAACAACAACAGCAAUUAUAACAAAGAAAUUAGUUAUAUUUAUGAUGUGACAAUGUCUGCUUGUGUUAAAGUGUAAAAUAUGUAAUAAAUCCUGCGUUUUACUUCGUUAAUUUUGAGUUUUGUGCUAAAAUUACUUGCAAACUACAAGUGACUGGGUGUUAGUUGAUAAAUAAAGAGUGUAAACAAGUGGCACACAAUGAGUUCUCGCGGUAGUGGCUCGCUUCCGGCAGACAAAGCGUUGGCAGGCGUCCCGCGCCUCCUCGACGACUUGAAGAGACUUUCCGAGGACGCCGAUUCGGCGGAUAUUGUUUUCAUCUUAGGCAGGGAAGAAGAACGCGUAUUCGCACAUCGCGUUAUUUUAAUGGCAAGGUGCAAGAGUUUUCAAACAGCUAAAAGGGGUGAAAUAUGCAGAAUACCGGGUUGUUCGGUGUCACCAAGUGCGCCAGGUACACCGAUCCCGAUAAGAUUGCCUCAAGUACCACCUGAAACCUUCAAACAAUUCAUGCUUUAUGUGUACACUGGAAAGAUUUUGUUACAAGACAGCGGAGUUUUUGAGAUGUUAACACUAGCACAAGAAUUGGGUGUUGAAGAACUGCGUAAUGCGUGUGAAGAUCACGUAACUUCCACGUUAUCUGAAGCUUCGGCUUGCACUUUGAUGGCUGCAGCGAUGGAAAUGAGAGAAAGGUCUCGAGGAGGCAAAGCAGCAGUGGCUUUUGUUGACAGGUGCAUCAGUUUCAUUGGAGAAAAUGCAAUAGAAUGUGUAAAGACCAAUUCGUUUCUUCAACUGAAGAAGGAUGCUGUUAUCAAGUUGAUUUCUUCAGAUUAUUUAUGCAUGGAAGAAGAAGACGUUUGGCGAGCAGCCUUAAACUGGGCGAAAUACCAAGCCGGCGUAACGCAACCCACAAUUCACUGGACUGAAGAAGAACGCGCGCGAGUCUGCCAGCACCUAGCGCAAGUGAUAAAUCACGUCCGUUUAUUACUAAUCGACAGUCAAGUGUUCGCCGAAGAAGUGGAGCCGACUGGAGCGGUGCCAAUGGAACUCAGUCUAGAGCGCUAUCGGCACGCGGCGCUCGCCAACAAAUUCUCCGAAGGCAGCGAAGAUCAACGCUUAAAACCUCGCGUCUCCAAACACCUUUUUCCAGGCUCUUUGAUACUAGGUCAGGACAAAAGUCACUACCAGCGCAUUUUAAAUGCUUGGUACGCCAAUCCAAAACAGGCUUGGCGGUUGGUUUAUAGGGCGAGCACGCAUGGAUACUCUGCGGCUGCUUUUCACGGGCAUUGUGACGGUGUAGCGCCAAUAUAUGUUGUGGUAUUGGGUGCCAAGGGAGAGAUAUGCGGUGGAUUCAGUGAUGCCGCAUGGGAGACUCAACCGGGAAGACAUCACUACGCUACUUCGGAUAAAGCGUUUUUGUUUACACUAUGUAAUAAUAAGGAUGUUCCACCAACUCAAUUUCAUAUUAAGAAGAAAACUGUCGCGAUUUGUUAUCAUCCUGAUUUUGGUCCGAUUUUUGGCGCAGGAGCCGAUUUACUCAUUUCUAGCAACUGCAAUACCAACAUGGAUUCCUACUCAAACCUCCCACAUACUUACGACGGUGAAAGCGCCUCUCAAUCCGUCCUGAUGGGUGAUUAUUACUUCCGCGUUGCAGAUUACGAGGUAUUCACACCGCUACGCUCAGUAGACUAAGCAAGAAAACGCAAUUAUAUAAAUGGUGAAACAAGUACGCGGUAUGUUUA